AGCGCUCAAGGAGGACAAAGAGGGAGGGGAGAUAAAGGGAGUUACCACCGUCUUGGCAUCGCUCUUGCUUUCAAACCUCUCUGUAAUGAUAUUGUUUGCAGUGAUGCUCAGACAGCGAGCACCUGCUGCUCUGUAAUGAUUCAGCCUCUUUCAGCCGCCGCUGUAACACGACAGGAUGCUGCUGCUACUGUCACUUCUGCCGUUGCCGCUGUUGUUAGAGAUUUUGCUUUUGCUCCUUCUACCGCAUGACAAUUAUUUUCCUCGUCUAAGCAGAUAUCAGCCUCAGAUGCUCAAGGUGAGAGUCUUGCCUUUCGCUCUGGGCUACUGGUUUACUUAAUCCGGUCAGUUUGUU